AUGGGCGAGGGAGACGUGCAAGCGGACGAGUCCCCGCUGGCUCGAGCCGCGAACCAGCUCCGCAUCCCCUUGCGCGAGCGCCGCAAGCUCUCCACGGCGGCCACCGAGGUGGCCAAGUCCGUCGCCGACGAUGAACCCGCGCGACGCUCGGAACGCGAGGAGAUCUUGCGCGCGCUGGAAGGCUCCGCCAGGGAGGUGCUGGCCGCGGCGGUGAGGGCGCAGCGCGCGGAGGAAUCCGGGGAGGAGCCGAGCACGCCCGUGGCGGAGGAUAACGGACACGUGGAGAGGCUCUGCGCGGCGGUGCAGGCGGCGCUCGACCACAGAGCCUGCGCGACGUGCGCCGGGUGGGGCUCGGGCAUCGGAGAGAUGCUCCGACUCGACCGCCUGAAGAUCGGCGGAGCCUCCGACGCCGCCCGCCCGCCCGAGGCGCGAACCGCCGCGGCCGCGCUCGAGGCGUUCGAGCGCGACCUCGAACCGGCGUCCUCCCGGUUCAACGUCUUCCGGCCCCAAGCCGCGACCGGCGGGCGACCGGGGGGGAGCGACGACCCAAGUCAUCAGGGGGACCGAGUGAUGAGCGAGGCGAGGAUAAAAAAACAUCAUUCAAUGCCGCCGCCGUCGACCCCCGCGGCGAGAGUCCGCGGAUGGAUCCACCGCGCCCUCAACGCCGGCGAACUCGCGAACAAGCUAGCCGCGCUCGCGAGGAGGCACGACAUCACACGCGCGGGAGGACACCGCAACCGGUGCUACGACCCCGGCGCGCUCAUCGCCGACGAGGAAUCUGCGUCGCGACUCCUCGGCGUCUGCGUCGGCCUGAGCGCGGUCAAGUUCGACCUGCCGACGGACGCGGAGACGCUCGAGGCGCUCUUCUCUUCAGUAGAGGUUGGGAGUGGUGGUGACGACCCCGAUGCGGUACGUGAUGGGAGUGAGGUUGCCGGUUCGAACCCCGCCGGGGGCGCGGGGAUGUUCCUGAACAAGACGUGGGGCGCGGUGACGGCGGUGGGCGCCGGCGCGGUGACGGGCGCGGCGGCGCUCGGGGGCCACGCGGCGACCGGGGUGGGAGCGCUGGGAGGCCACGCGGCGGCGGGGGUGGCGGCCAUCGGCACCGGCGCCCACGCGCUCGGCACCGGCGCCGUCACCGGCGUCGCCACCGGGGUGAAGACGGUGGGCGAGGGGGUGAAGACGGUUGGGGAGGGCGCGCUCAGCGGCGUAUACGCGGGGGUGCGAACGGUGGCUGGGAUGUGGGCACCCGCGCCGGAGGAGGACGACUUGCUGAGCGAUAUGCGAGACGUCCUGGCGGAGGAGGGGGUGGCGCUCCUCGACGAGCGGAUAGACCUCGGGGGCGGGCAGGGAUUGGUUAAGAGUUGA